AUGGCCACCAAUUUGUCUUGCAUUUUCCCAGCACUGCAUCUUUUUGGGAUCUUGGUGCUAUUGCUGUGCCCUUCCUGCUUGUGUGACUGUGACAUGUUUCCUAGCAUUGCCCAUGGAUCCUAUGAAGAUGUGAGUUCAGUUUUUUCCUUUACUACUGUGCUGCAGUAUAAAUGUGAUGAAGGAUAUGUUCUGGUUGGAGAAGAAAAAAUCACCUGCAGAAAUUCACAUUGGUCAUCUCUAGUUCCUCAGUGUAAAGCUCUGUGUCUGAAACCAGAGAUAAAACAUGGAACUGUGUCUCUGGACAAGGAUCAGUAUGUUGAGUCUGAAACUGUCACUGUCCAGUGUGACUCUGGCUACAGUGUGGUCGGCUCUCCGAGUAUCAUCUGCUCAGAGAACAGAACCUGGUACCCAGAAGUGCCCAAGUGUGAGUGGGAAGUUCUCACUGGCUGCGAACAAGUACUCGCAGGCAGGAAACUCAUGCAGUGUCUCCCAAGUCCAGAGGAUGUAAAAAUGGCCCUGGAGGUGUAUAAACUGUCUCUGGAGAUUGAAAGAUUGGAGCUACAGACUUGA